UAUUAAUCGACGCUCUGCACGGAUCGCGGAUCGGAUCGCGGAUCGGAUCGCAGUCAAUAGUGCUGUUUCUUAAUUAUAGUUUGCUGUUGCCGUAUCACGAGCCGUGGGAACAUCAUGAUGGGUUUAUAUACCUAAUUCCUUGCGGACACCGCGCCAUUAGACGUACACCUUUUCUAUUGUCUUUAACAGUGGGCGUUAACCUGUCUCACAAUGUCAGGUAAGCAUUGGGCCACCAGGACCACCAAGUUCCUGGAGAUUCCCGGGCCUCUGCGAACGUCAAUCCAGGCAACACGAGCAGAGUACAGACGGCUGGGGAACAGCGGUUUGCGGAUUUCGAACCCCAUCUUUGGCGGGCUCCAAGUGGGCAGCUCACAAUGGUUUCCAUGGGUUCUGGAUGAAGACAAAGCUAUUCCUCUACUCAAGGCCGCGUAUGAUAGGGGAAUCAACACGUGGGAUACGGCCAACACCUAUUCGAAUGGCGAGUCGGAACGGAUAAUGGGCAAGACGCUUCGAGUGCACAAUAUCCCUCGGAGGAAAGUAGUCCUCAUGAGCAAGUGCUGUCGAGUUGUGUGUGAUCAAGAGAAUUUUGAUCCUGGACUCGGUUUGACAAUGUUGGGAUCCCAAGCUGGACAGAGCAAGGACUAUGUGAAUUCAUUUGGCCUCUCCCGAAAUGCCAUAUUCGGUGCAGUGGAGGCUUCACUGGAACGGCUAGGCACGACCUACCUCGACGUGCUCCAGAUCCAUCGAUUUGACGACACGGUACCGCCAGAGGAGACGAUGCAGGCCUUGCAUGACUUGGUCAAGAUGGGCAAAGUCCGGUAUCUAGGAGCUAGUUCAAUGUGGACCUACCAAUUCGCCCUCUUGCAACACACGGCUGAGCGGUACGGACUCACCAAGUUUGUCUCGAUGCAAAAUCAUUACAACCUCCUCUAUCGAGAGGAGGAACGGGAAAUGAACAGAUAUUGCCGGCAGACCGGUGUUGGCUUGAUUCCGGUGCGUACUCUGAGCCAUUUACCUUGUCUUUUUUAUGAAUCAUAAAUCACUUACCUGCUACAGUGGGCUCCCCUAGCAUCCGGACAACUAGCACGCCCCUUGGACCAAAACGGAUUGACGUUGAGAUCAACCGUGAAUAAAAAUGGCGCAUUCUACUACGAUGACGAUAAUGCCGAUUCAGAGCUCAUCAUUACGCGCGUGCAGGAAAUCGCACAACGUCGAGGCUGGCCAAUGAGCCAUGUUGCACUGGCCUGGCUGAACCGGAGAGUCACAGCUCCAAUCGUCGGUUUCAACUCGGUGGCGCGCUUGGACGACGUCCUAGAUGCCCGUGGGAAAGUACUGACACUGGAAGAGGAAGAAUACCUGGAAGAGCCGUACCGGCCAAAGUGGAUCCAGGGACACAACUAAGGACAUCGUUGAUCCUCGAAGGAUGGGUUCCUGAUCAGACGGAGAGAGAGAUACGGGUCAUGAGCAGGAAUAAUAGUAUAGAAUGGCUGAAAAUAGUGACUAUAAUGAUGGAUCCGUAGGUAUGCCAUGCCUGCUAAAGGUAUUGUUUAUAGUGAUGAAUAUAUAUGUGAAUAUAUAUAUGAAUAUGAAAGGUCCCCUAGAUCUAAUGUUU